AGCAUCAACACAAGCGUCUAUUCCAAGUGCCGGUCUCAACUCGGCAAACUCGGCGCCGCCGACAUUUUGCUGAACAGAUACCAGCCAUUGCUUAAAAAACAUCUCCAGGUUAGCACCGCUGUCACCGAUCCCAAUGCCAGAGGCCAGAGAAACUCCAUGUUGGCUUGGUUCUGGUCUAUGGAUGUGGAGGGAGACUCUGAUAGCAGUGAUUGGUUGAAUGAAUUUUACUGGGUGCAUUGGCUCCAUGCCAAGGCUCUAAGAGACAGGUGGGAGGAGGAAAUGCUACUUGUGCAGCAUGAAAUGAAUUGGACAUGCAACUUCUUCUUGCACAAAGCUGAGCAAUGGAUCCUUCUGGCUACCAUCUCAAAAGCCGCCGACAAGGUGGGACACCUUGCCUAUGCGGCACGGCAGUGCAAAAUGUAUCAGCGCCUGUAUGAGGAUUCCCAGGAUGCAUUU